GAAAUGUCACUCUCCGUUAAUUCUAACGGUCAUGUCAGACGCCGUAACCAAAACCGUCGCCCCUCUCCGUCGCAAAUCUAACCCUAUUAACGGAAAACAAACUAACGGCGUCACCAUCGACGGAAUCCUCGACGACCACAACCGUCAAAUCGGAUCAAUAAAUAGUCAAAUGGAGAACAUUGCUAAAAAAACUGACGACGGCGGAGGAGGAGAAGGAGAAUGGAGGAGCAAAGCGUCGUUUAUGACGUGGACGAUGCAUGACAUUGUUUACGUGGCGAGACACCAUUGGAUACCGUGUUUAUUUGCGGCCGGAGUUCUGUUUUUUACGGUUGUGGAGUACACGUUCCAGAUGACUCCUGCGAGUUCUCAGCCGUUUGAUCUAGGAUUUGUCGCCACACGCUCUCUGCAUAGCAUCUUGGCAUCUUCACCAAAUCUUAACACCGUUUUAGCCGCUCUAAACACGGUUUUGGUAGGGAUGCAAACAACGUAUAUUGGAUGUACAUGGGCAGUGGAAGGACGACCACGAGCGACCAUCGCGGCUCUAUUCAUGUUCACUUGUCGUGGCAUUCUCGGCUACUCUACUCAGCUCCCUCGCCCUCAGGAGUUUUUAGGAUCAGGAGUAGAUUAUCCGGUCGGAAACGUCUCGUUCUUCCUCUUCUACUCAGGUCACGUCGCCGGCUCGAUGAUCGCAUCGUUGGACAUGAAGAGAAUGCAGAGGUUUAGGCUGGCGAUGGUUUUUGACAUCCUCAAUGUCUUGCAAUCGAUCAGGCUGCUUGGUACGAGAGGGCAUUACACGAUUGAUAUUGCGGUUGGAGUUGGCGCUGGGAUUCUCUUUGACUCAUUGGCCGGGAAGUAUGAAGAGAUGAGCAAGAGACACUUACGCACUACUCGUUGUAGUUUGAUUUCGAAAGACUCUUUAGUAACUUAAAUCUAUUUUUUUCCGGCAAAAUAAUUGUAUAUUAAACUA